CGUCACACCACCGCUUUCUGCGACUGUAUGAAAACAAAGCAGGCGAUAGUCUUUGCUUAGAAGUUUCCCGAGAAAAUGAGAUUUGUUUUAUGCUAAAUUUUCCAUUUUCCUGAUGGUGAGGAAACUUGUAUGAAGGCAGACAAUUAUGGCUGAAGAAGCUCUUCAAUUCUUUGACCUUCUUGACCCCACCCAGAAUGGGUACAUCACGACUCAAGAUGUUCAGCGAUUUGAUGAAAGUAUCCACAGUUCACCGAUAUUUCCUGAGCACGUACCUGCAGCAGUCCAGGCUGUCUGCGGGGCUAUGUCGGGGGGUUUGUGUACACGUACACACUUCCUUCCUGUGCUUCUUGAGCUAGAGCGGCGUAGAAUAGUAGAAGAGCAAGCAUUGUGGGAUUUCAAAGCUCUGGACAGAGAUGGUUGCGAUGUCAUUUCCAUUAAAGAUGCACUCUUCCUUUUCAAAGCUACGCACCAGGAGAAAUUUUCUAUGAACACUUGGAAUAAAUUCUUAGAAACCAGAGAGUCUUUGAAGGAUAAUGUAUGCUUUGAUGAAGUCCGCAUGUGGUUGUGCAACAUUCCAGAUGGUCCUCCGUGUAAGGAUUCAAUUGUAAUUAAUGAAUGUAAUAAACUUGAGACCCAGAAGAUCGAGGAGGAAUUUGAGAACCAUAAGCAGUUUCUGGCAUUUCAGGAACUGGAUGAGCAGAUCCGUGCUUUACAGGCACGAGAAAAGCAAGAGUACCGGGAGAAGUUUCGUCGAGGUGCUCGCCGGAAACUUCAGAGAUGGAACCAUCUUGGGUUGGAAGCAAUGCUUUUUGACGAUGGCAUGGACUGGGAUGACUUCAACCGCAACAAUCGCAACAGAGUGUCUGUAACGGAACUCAUGCAAGCAAUAGAUCUGAAGUAUAAUUACCUAAAAGAAAAGCUCCUCUGGGAACUUAUCAGAAAACAAACAGGUGAAAUGUUAUGGUCUACUAUGUCUGAGAGUGAACAUGAAGAACAUGUAUUGCAAGUCCAACUGAGAGUGAAUGAGUACAUACGACAGGGUGUGGAUGAGAAGAUUCUAGGCCUAGAGAUCGCUUCACACUCUUACCCAUCCAAGCUGGAGGCACUCAUUGGCUACACUCAGGACAAACAUGCCCUGUAUCUUGAGAACCAAAAACAAACUACAUCGAUGUUACAAGCAGAUGGCAAAACAGAGCAAGAAAUUUACAUAUCCUUUGCAAAAAAAUAUGCAGAAUCUAUUCAAGGAGAAACGACGGGAGGUCAGUUGUUAAUUGACCUUUACAGGAGAUACCAGUACGAAAAAGAGUAUUUGCUAUCAGUGCUCAAAGAAGUCGGUAACCAAACUUUGACGUCAAGAGAGAUGAUCACAACAUAUGCGCACCUUAAAUUGCAGUUCUACAUGAUGACACUAGAGGAAUCAUUUCAGUAUUGUGCCAUCUCUGUAGGCCUAUGCGAGAGGCCUCAGGAAUUCAAAGCAACAAGUUUUGACUACGAUAGAGAUCUACAAGAAAUUCUCGCCCUACAAAGACUUAAUGAACGCAAAGGUAAAAAAAUUAAGAGACUUGAGGAUAAAUGGAGUGGGAAUGAAGACAAAGGAAUUGUGGACCUUCAGACAGACUUGUUGAAUGAAAUGGCAAAGAAACACUUUGUAGAAAGAGAGAUAUUGAUCUUCCUGUUGCAAGGCAGAGACAGUAAUAAUGCCAAAGCAAUUGCACGUAACAAAAACAAAGACAUUAGAGACAGCUGUCUGAAACAGUUACGUGGUCAGCGGGAAAACUGGCGGAAAGGGUCAUCGGAGUACCGGGUAUCUAAACGUUCCAUUCACAUGAAACUUCUACAGGAAGGUGUGGGGCUGUAUUUUGAAAACAGACGUGAAGAAGUCAAAGGUCAUAACCUUGAUGACACCCAUCUUGCCGCUGUAGUCCUCGCUGAUCUUCAACAGCAGCAGUGCAGAGAAGUUCAUCAACUGAUCAUGGAAAUGUAUCACAAGGAUGCAUCUGAGUUGCAGGGCCUCAUUAAGAAAGAAGCCAAAUCACGUAUUGAGGAAUGGUUGGAUAAUAUUUCCAUGGUAAUCCUUGGUAGCUUUGAACUGACCCCUGAAGAGCAAGAAAUUAUUAGGGCAUUAGAGGAGAAAUAUGAUGUCCUCAGGGACAAACUGCUGAUGGAAGCUCUGAUCAAUCAGUAUGGCGUAGCGGAAUGGAAUAAAAAGACAGUCGAGGAGCAACAACGCUUACUAGUAAAGAAGAGAUUAGAGGAAAGGCGGCUAAGACAAGAUGGUAAAAUGGAUGAGCUUAAUCGACUCAUUGGUGAUGCAGCAAAUAGAGAAAAGAACUUACUGUCAAUGAUGGGGAAAAACAGGGAGGAGUAUGAGAAAAAGCUGAGACAGCGGCUACUGAGAAGAGAAAAGAGGCAGGCUCAGGGCCUAGAAUCUGAAGAUGAAAGUGAGGAUGAAUUGGAUAUGAAUGAAGAUAAAUCUUCGGGCAACAUUAUGAAAGAUAUUCAACUGCGAUUUGACGAUGAACUGGAUGCUCUGAUGAGGCAGCUUCGAGGGCAGCAUGGCAACUAUCUGAGUGAACAGGAAAGACAGGCUUUACUUCUUAGGCUUAGGAGAGAGAAGAGGAGGGCAGAAAGGGAAGAUAACUUUGAUGAAGUCGCACUGCUCCUAGGCCUGGCUGAGCGGAAUAAGAUGUCCCUUGAAGAGAAAUUGCGGAUUGAUCGAGAACGCCAGAUGAGACUGGCUCGUGAAAGACUAGCUGCUCGUAAGAAACGUAUGGCAAAUGGAACUCAGAUGGCAGAAGAAGCUGAAGAAAAGGCUCUUCCAGACAAAGGUGACAUCAUUGGAUGGAAGGAAUCUGUAAUGAAAGAGGUUGAGAGAAAACAUCGUAUAGAACAGGAAUUACUGAUUAGUGUUGUGAUGGACGAAGGCAGCGAGGAGCUCCGAGAUGCUGCCAGUCAGAUGAAGAUAAACGAGCAACAGACACGAUUGCAAGAACUAAAAACAGAAGCUGAUGAUCUUGACAUUGUGACCAAAGAUGAUAUUGAGGAAAAUAGAUUGAUUCUGGAUGAAUCUGGUGCCAUCAAGACUGUGGUACGUAAACGCAUCCUUGAGGGCAGCAAACUGAAUGAAGAAAUAACGCUUGACUAUGUUGUGACUACUUUGCUGGCUGAUCUUCAGGAAAAACAAGGCAGAGAAAGCGAGAAGAUUAUUAGCAGGCUUGAAAACAUGAAUGAAGAAGAAAUGUCUCGCCUUCGCUUUGAUGAGAUAAUGAAAAGAAAGAACCAGGAAGGCCGUAAUGUCCUCCUUGUCUUCACUGAGUAUGAGGGAAUUGGGGAUGAAGAUGAACUGCUAAAGGCCUUGGAUAAGAAGUAUGAUACUCUGAAAGACAAACUACUCAUGGAAAGCCUACGGAAACAGGCUGGAGAUGCUGAAUGGGCAAAGCUUAGUGAAGCAGAAAGACAAAAGAGAUUGAUGAGGUUAAAGCUUGAGGAAAGAAGGCUCAGGAAAGAAGGAAAACUGGACGAGCUACAGGCUUUGCUUGGAGACAAUUUGAUGGCGGAGAAAAACCUAAAGGCACUGAUGGGAGAGAAUCGAGCCAAACAGGAGGAGAAACUCAGGAGGAGGUUGGAAGCAAGAAGAAAAAGGAUUGAACAAGGUUUGGAUCCAGAUGAAGAUGAUGAUGGUUUAUCAGAAGAUGAGGAUAAUGACAGCUCAGCUCCACUUCUUGAUCUUCAGAAGCGGUACGAUGAUGAGCGUGAUGCUUUGAUGGCAAGACUCCGCGGCAUGGAUAAUCAAUUCUUGAGUGAGAAGGAAAGACAGGCAGAACUGGCACGACUAAAGAGGGAGCAGCGUAGAGCUAAGAUGGAGGAAAACUUCGAGUCCGCUGCCCUAGUACUGGGUUUGGCGGAACGGCAUCAGAAGGCUCAUGCUGAAAGAUUUAAGAACGAUAGAGCGAGGCAAGAGAAGCUUGCCAAAGAAAGAAUUGAAGCACUGAAGAGGAAACGUAAACAAGGUGUUGCAAAAGAGGAAAAGGAGAUUAGGGUAUUGAAUAAUGGAGACAGGGCUGCUAUGCAGGAUUCAGUGAUGCAGAUCUUAGAGAGGAAACAUGCCCAGGAGCAAGAGCAAAUACUGAUACUGCUUCAGAAACAAUAUACAGAAGAGGAAAUAACAAUUGCAGCAACACUAAGAGAAGAAGAAAGAGAAGAAAGACUCCAAGAACUGAUCAGGAAAAGGCAAGGCAUGGAUAGCUCAUUAACAGAUGAGCAUAUGCAGAUCCUAGAAGAGGCAGCACUUUUGAAGUUAACUUCCAGAAAGUACAUUUUAACAAAGGAGAAAGGAUCAGAGGUCACAGACGAUGAGAUUGUAGUGACCAUCAUGGCAGACCUGCAACAAGAACAGGACAAGGAGAGUGAGACUAUUCUAGAAUCAUUACCAAAUAAGGAGCUCCAAGUGCUGGUUGAACUUCAAGAAAAGCACCUGACUGAAAUCAAACAUCACAAGGUAGAGAACGUGGCCAUCACACUCACAAGAAUCGAUAGAUCAAAGAAAACGGAUGACGGUGAGAUCGUUGAAGCGUUAGAAGGAAAGUACGAUGCAUUGAAGGACAAGAUCCUCUCAGAGGCUCUGAUGCAGCAAGUGGGUGAGGCUGAAUGGGCAAGUCUGUCCGAGAAGGAACGUCAAACUAGGCUAGUCAAGCUGAAGUUAGAGGAGAAGAGGCUUAGGCAGGAAGGCAAAUAUGAUGAAGCUGCUGCCCUGCUUGGAGAUGCUAUCAAGUCACAACAGGCCUUGGAGCUUCUGAUGGGAGAUACGAAAAAAGCACAGGAAGAAAAGAUGAAGAAGAGACUAGAACUGCGUAAAAAAAGGGUAGCUGAAGGUAUGAGUGAGGCUGAAGCUGAUAAAAUUGAAAAGGAUGAGAUUUUGCAAGAGGAGGAAGAGCUACAGAAGAAAAAGCCAAAGAAUAUUUUAGAGGAGUUGGACAACAGACUGGAUGAUGAACGUGAAGCACUCCUAAAGAGAAUGAGAGAGGGCGAUGAGAGAUGGAAGAAUGAAAAAAUGAGGCAAGCUGAGCUGGCUAAGUUGAAAAGGCAGCAGAGGAUGGCACGACGGGAGGACCAGUUUGAGGCUGCUGCCCUUGUGAUGGGGCUCACAGCUCAAGCGGAAGAUGCAGAGAAAACCAAAGAACUAGAACGCAAAAGACAAAUGCAACUUGCAAAGGAUCGCCUUAUGCAAAGAAAGAAAAUGCUAAAAGAAGCUCAAGAGAAGGUGGAGGACAAAGCUCCAGUACCCAUGCCAGAAAAUCCAGAUGACAGAGUUGCUAUGGAAGAUGCUGUGAUCAAAGAGAUGGAGAUCAAGCAUGCCACCGAGAGGGAUCUUUUGAUCAUGUUACUUCAAAAGCAAGAUAAAGGCCAACGAAAGUCAGCCCAAACUAUGACAGAGGAACAGCGGCAGAAGAGGAUUUUGGAUCUGAAGGAGCAGAGAAGGCAGUGGCGGGAUAGUGGUCCAAUGAAAGAGGACGAAGCAGAACAACUGGAGAUUUUUAAUAAAACUGUACCAUAUGCAAUGGAAAUGAGAAUAAUGGAAUUAAAGACCACUAAUCCGGAUGCCACGGAUAAUGAGGUUGAGGUAGUGCUCCUGGCGGAUCUGCAGGAACAGCAAGAUAAGGAGUCGGAAUAUCUAAUGAAGGACUUGAAUGCAAAAUCGGUCAGUGUGUUAAAGCAACUAAAGCUUGUGCAGUAUUUGGCAAGGGCAAAUGCUUGGAAUGACAACGUAGCUAGAACGCUACUAGAGGUGAAAACACAGUUGGAUGCCAUCUCUGAAGAGGAGUUGUUCAAGGCUAUCGAGAAUAAAUAUGAUGCACUAAGAGACAAACUUAUCAUUGAUGCUUUGAUGAAGCAGAUGGGUGAAGAGGCAUGGGCUAAGCUGUCAGAGAAGGAGAGACAAGCUAAGAUAACAAAACUUAAGCUACAACAGAGAAUUCUAUGCAAAAAGGGCAAGUAUGACCAGGCACUGGCUCUGCUGGGAGAGGACAUCAAGAACCAGAAAGAAUUGGCUUCGUUGCUUGGCUACACCAAGGCUGAACAGGAGGCCAUUGUGAAGAAAAGACUUGAAAGGAUGAAAGAGCUACGAGAACAGAGAGAAGCUGCAGGAGAACCAGUGAACGAAGAAGAACUGGAGCAAAUAGUACUGGAGGAGGAGGAGGAAGAAGAGAGACAGAAGAAAAGAAAUGUGUUACAAUACCUUGAGCAGCAUUUUGAAGAUGAGAAAAAAGCACUGAUUGCUUUACUAAAAAAGAAACAAGAUCAACUUCAGAAUGAGAGGGAGCGCCAACUGGCUCUUGCCAUGCUUCGUCGAGAACAGCGUCUAAUGCGUGAAGAGGACAAUUUUAGAACAGCUGCCCUCAUUUUCAGUCUUGGACAACUUCAUGAGAAGAACCGACGGGAGAAUUACCUGAAGAACCAAGAAAGGCAUAAAAAACUAGCACGGGAACGAUUAAGAGCAAAACGAAGGAGAAAAAAGGACACCGGAUACAGCAAAGCAGAACUUGAAAUUAAACUGAAACAAGAAGAAGAAGAAAAUGCAAAGUUGGAUGCUAGUAAAGGCAUGUCCAUCGAGGACAGACGGAUGGCUUUACAUACGGACGUUCUGGACGAAAUGGAAAGAAAACAAGUUAAUGAACGUGACACCUUAAUGCAGUUAUUGAAAUCUGUAAGCGGUGACACUGCUGGUAUUGAACGGGUGAAGAACAUGUCCAAUCAGGAAAUAGCAGAGGAAGUAGAAAAGCUACGUGAAAAACGACAAGUCUGGCGUGAAGACGCAUCCCUCGAUCUGGAAAGUGUGGAUUAUUUCAAGCUGUCGCCUGAUGGGGUAGGGGAACACUUCGCCUAUAUUGCCGAGAGGCAAAUACAGCAAAACAAGAUAUUAAAAGAAGCAGUUUUAUUAAAAGUUGAAGAUACAAGAAGACAUUUAGUUGCUUCAAAGAAAAACAAAGAGAUCAGUAAUGUAGACGAAGAAGUUCCUGCCAUUCUAUUGGCCGACUUGCAGGAAAAGCAACACGCUGAAGUGGCUGAUGUGAAAUCGAUCCUUACGGCAGAUGCGGACGAAGAACUUCUGGUAAGCUUAAAGGAGGACCAGAGGAAGGGUCGUCGUGAGGGCUGGAUGGAUAAUCUAUCUGGAGGCCUGCUGGGUGUGAAAGCAAGGGGAAAUGCUGCUACUUUAACAUCCAUGACAAUUGAUAUUGCUAAUCAAGAGAAGAUGUUACACAAUAUGGAUGAUGAAUUAGCAAAGGAAAAGGAGGCUGCUCUUGAAGGUCCAGGUAAUGCCAAGAAAGGAAGUGGACAGAUUGAUCCAGCUGAGCUAAUUGCUCAACUAGAAAGACAACAUGAUGCUAAGAAAAAGGCCAUGGAAGAACAGCUAAAUAGGCAAAAAGCCCUGCAAAAGCAACGCCUUGAGGCUCGUCGGAAAAAGAAGGACGACAAGGACUUUGAGGCCGGUGCAGCAUUUGCCAUGAUCCAAGGGGCAGAAGAAACGAAGGCAAUUAAAGAAGAACAACAACUGAAAGAAAAAGACAAACAAAGCAACCUUAUGAAGGAAAGACUAGCCGCAAGGAAAAAUGCAAGGAAAGAAGCAGAAGAAAAGAAAGCAAUGGAAGAUAGGAAGAAGCAAAUAGAAAACGAUUCAGCAACGAAUUCUCCAACACCGUCAUCUGCACAAUCUGGAAGGCGCUUGAGGAGAGUUGAGAUUUUAGAGCCUAUUGGUGAAAUAUCAGAGAAGAAACAACAGGAAAUGUUAAAUGUGCUGAAAGCAGAACAUAGUUCACAACAGAAGAAGCUGAUGAGAGAUAAGGAGAAGCAAGCUGAACAGUUGCGACAAAAGUUAGCUGGACGUAAGAAGAAGUAUGAAAAUCAAGCAAGUCAACUACUUUCGAUGGGAGAAAGGCAGAAAACAUUCGUUGAGAAGGUUAAAAAGGAUGAAUUAAUGAGACAGAAAACAAUAGUACAAGACCGAAUACAGAAGGUCCGAUACGAACGAACUCAGACAAUGAAAAUGAUAUCGGAAAAUUCUAAGAAAUUUCAGCAGAUGAAAACAUCUGACCAUGACAAGGAUAUGGAACGCAUAGCUAAGGAAAUGGAGGAAAAAUUCAGAUCAUCAGAACAUGCAUUUAAGUCUGGAACUAAAACUGAUUCAACCAAUGUCAAGCCUGUGGAGGAGGACACUAAAGAAGCAAGUCAUCAGAAACUCGGAGAUAAAGAACGGCAGAGACUGAUCAAAGAAAAACAAGCUGAAAAAAGGAAGAAAAAGAAGAGUGUAAUGGCAGCACCAAAUAUGGAAGCAUUGUCAGAAAUGCUAGAUGAAAAAAAAUAGUUGUGGAAAUUAUAUUUAUAUUAUUACUUACAAUUUAGAUUGGUAGUCCUACAUUCUCUACCCUGGGUUUUGGCCUUAAUUAUGUUUGUUCCUAGAAUUACAAUCAUUUGGUGGUGCUGUUAACAAAAAUGUCAACAUUACGUCGCUCACAUCAUGAACUAAUACAAUCAACAAUUUAUGGGUUUCAAAGGCUUAUUUAAUCGAUUUUUACAGUCAACUAAUAUUUACAAAAUACAUAUAAUUUUUUUCUCCCCAACGAAUUAUGGUUUUUCUCCCCGACGAAGGGGGAGGGGGCUCAGCUAUCUCCGAAGGGGCCCUGGCCCUGUUUCUUACUAUUGAAACUGCAUUACAAUGUUCGGAACUUUGUAUACAACUUUACCAUUAUCCUAAUUUGUAACUUCUGUUGUAUUUAUCACAUACCGGUACAUCUCAGUAUUCUUAUUCUCUAAAUUUAUCUUAUACUUAAUAGAGUCUUGUAAGUUUGUAAAUUUUUAACAUUGUUUAAACUUGCAACUGAAUUUUGUGUGCUUUUGUAUCAGCAAAUAAGUUAAUAACA